UGCUCACGCCCUUAUGGGAUGAAUCAAUGCUUCCAGAAAGCCGGGGGCUUCCGAGGGACUGCGGGAACAAUUACUUCCAAAUGAUCUCGUGCAUCUUAGCAGGGAGCAUUCAGACCACACCCCAGGUCUCUUCUGGUGAUUCUGAAGCCAAACCUCUGAUCUUCACAUUUGUCCCCACUGUCAGAAGACUACCAACCCACUCCCAGUUGGGUGACACCUCUAAAUUCAUUGUUAAAAUUCCUGAGGAACCAAGUGAUAAGACUCCAGAAACUGUAAAUAGGUCUGAUUCCAAUGAGUACUUGACCUUGAAUGUUGGGAGCCAACAGGAGAGAGACCGAGGAACAUUGACUUAUCCUUUAGAGGUCAAGGACAAGGCUUCCCAAGGAAGGGGAUUUAAAGCAAACGAACCUCAAGGAAUGCAGCAAAGUGACCUCUUCAAAGCUGAAUAUGUCUUUAUUGUGGACUCUGAGGGGGAAGAUGAAGCUCCAAGCAGACAAGGUGAACAAGGCCCCCCAGGAGGGAUGGGCACCACAGCUGCUCGGCCCACGUCUCUAGCAAUCUCCUCCAGUCUGGUCUCUGAUGUGGUACGCCCCAAAACUCGGGGGGCAGACCUCCAGGUUCUGUCACAUCCUGAAAUGCCUCAUGGGAUGGCUCCUCAGCAAAAACAUGGGCUGUUAACUUCUCCCACUGCCUCUGAGCAGCUUGCCUAUAAACCACCUGCUUUCUCCUUUGUUUCUCCAACUAAUCAGAAAACACCACCUGUCCCAGUCGACCUAGCCGGAGCCUCUGUCCUGGAGGAGUUCCACCCGAGGAGGCUGGAUGUCAGUGGGGCCCUGGUGGAAGAAACAGCCAUGUACUUUCAAACUUCCGCUCACUCUGCACCAUUUUUUGCACCGAAGGGCACGUCCUCGACGUCACAGUUCCCCCAUCCCGCUCAAUUAUCAGGUUCUCACUCAUCCAGUCCAAGUGCAGUCCAGCAAAAACCUGGCCUGACGUCUGAAGUCCUCAAGAAGACUGUCACCUCGCAUGUCCUUAGUCCCAGAGAAAGCCCGAGAACCUCUUCUCCUUCGCUGCCCUCCGGUGCUUCUCUGAAGUCGAAUUCAGCCUCCUACAUCCCGGUCCGCAUCGUCACGCACUCACUCUCUCCGAGUCCCAAACCCUUCCCCUCCCCUUUCCACGGCUCUUCUUCCACUGUCUGUAGCGAAGUGUCAUCCAGCGGGAACUUCUCAACGUCAGGGGUGAAAUCCCCAGUGCCCUCCCGGCUUUCCCUCCUAACUGCCAUCCUCAAGUCCAACCCUUCUCACCAAAGACCCCUUUCCCCGGCAUCCUGUCCCACCUUCUCUCUCAACUCCCUGGCUUCUUCCAGCCUCACACUCGAUCAAAAAAUUAAACAAACCUCUCCUACGCCUAAAAAAUCCCUCUCAAGUUGCUCCCUGCGAGCGGCGUCUCCAGAGCAAAGGGAAAACCAGGUUUCUGAUCUCAGCCAGCAAUCCUUUCCCUUCCCUUUUUCCACUAAAGCUGCUCCCCUUCCUCUGGCAUCCUCCCUUUCUCCCCCGAAACAGGGCAGUAGCAGCCUUGCUUCUUUGAAUGUAGAGAAAACGCCAUCCCCCACUUCUUUAAAGAGCAGCCCAAUGAUUUCCCAGCUGCAAACCAGUACCUCCAGUUCUACAGGUCUGCCUCCUGUCCCUCCAAGCUUUUCUCCUUUGUUUUCCAAGGGCAGACAGGAUGCUGACCUCAGGGGCCCAGGAAAGCCCAGGGAUAUUUCCCCACAUCCUUCUACGUUAGCCUCGUCGGCAUCGUCUUCGGUGUCUCCUCCCACUAACCCAAGAGCCAGGCUCCCCUCUCCAGAGAAAUGCUACCAUCCUUCCCCAGCUCUUUCAAACCUGAUAAACAGAUCCAAGAGAGCAUCAGCACCUCUCUCUGGCCCGGGGCAGACGCCUUUAGCUCCUCCCCCACACCCUGUCUCCAGCGCUGGCUCUGCCUCUCUUCCCCAACUGGGGUGCUCCGCUCUCCCUCGUGCUAAUCCGCCCACCGAGGUGCGCCACCUCAGUCCCUCAGCGCUGCACCCAAAUCUUACCCUGCCUUCAAGACUUGGGAAAUCCGAAAGCUCCAUAUCUGACCACAGGUCAUCUGUUUCAUCCCCAUCACCUCCCAUCUCUCUAACAAGAACCAACGAGCUGAUUUCACCUUGUGCAUUGUCCAUGUCAACAGGCCCUGAAAAUAAGAAACACAAGCAAUACAAGACCAAGUCCAGCUACAAGGCUUUUGCAGCAAUCCCAACAAACACAUUGCUUUUGGAACAGAAGGCACUAGACGAGCCAGCCAAGACAGAGAGCAUCUCCAAGGACAACACAUUAGAUCCACCUCUGGAGUUGUGUUUCCCUGAACAGCUCAGGCAGCAAACUGAAGAGCUCUGUGCUACCAUUGAUAAGGUCUUACAGGAUUCCUUGUCUAUGCAUUCUUCUGAUUCUCCUUCAAGUUCCAUACAGACAUUUUUGGGUUCUGACACAAUGAAAAUGCCUACAACUCUUCCAAGAGCAGCUGGUCGAGAAACCAAAUAUGCAAACCUCGCCUCACCAUCUUCUACAGUAUCUGAGAGUCAGCUGACGAAGCCUGGAGUAAUUCGCCCCGUACCUGUAAAAUCCAAAAUAUUACUGAGAAAAGAGGAGGAAGUCUAUGAACCCAACCCUUUCAGUAAAUACCUGGAAGAGCACAGUGACUUCUUUUCUGAUCAGGAUGUGCCUGUCCCUCCCAAGCCUUUUUCUCUCCAUCCUUUAUAUCAAACUAAACUCCAUCCUCCUGCUAAGUCUCUGAUGCAUCCACAGACCCUCCCACAUGCUGACUGUCUUACCCCAGGACCCUUCAGUCACUUGUCCUCCUUCUCCCUGAGUGAUGAACAGGAGAAUUCUCACACCCUGUCUAGUCACAACGCAUAUAAUAAGUUGAGUCAUCCAAUGAUGGCUAUUCCGGAACACGAAACUCUUGAUUCCGAAGAGCAAUGAAGAUGAAGAAGUGAAAACCCAGACUGGGCUGAAGCUUUUUGGAGUGCUGGUGCUAAUCACUUGCUAGAUUUAACUUUUAUUACUAUUUUUUUUCAGUCUUAGUGUUUCCUUUAUGAACUGCAGUGGAACUAAAAAAAAAGUUUCCUGCAGGCAUAUAACAUGGAAGUACUCACUAAUACCUGACAUAGGAGAUAUUUACCUACAGUUUCUCCCACCACUGUUAGAGCCUUGAAUGCCUUCUAGUAAGCUGACAGCAAUAUUAACAUGCCCCUCUAUUUAGCAGCCAAAUCACAGGGAAAUAGAAGGAUGGGUGUAACGAUUUUUCAACACCAGUUUUUUUUGUUGUUGUUGUUUU